CCAUGCCUCUCGCCCGUCUCUCCAGGCCCACCCUGUGGGGCUCACAAAGGAAGUUCACCUUUGACUUCACCUGCUGUCCUGGGUUCCCUCUGGGCCUCUGCCCCACCUGGCUGUGGGCCGCAGUCCCGGGCCCCGAGGCCUGUCGUGGAUGGUCCCAGCCCAGCUUCUGGAUGGCAUUCCUCUUAGGAGAAAGAGAGGGGUGUUCUGAACCUGUCUCCUGGGGGCACGACCCCCACCCAUGCUCCAGAACCAGCCUCUGCUGUGGAGGGCAGGAGUGGGAGUGGGCAGGUGGAGGGACAGGGGAAGCUCCCUGGCAGGUGCUCAGCCAUGACUCCCAUCACGGCCCUGCAGCUCUUUGCAGCUGGCUGGCAGCAGGGCCUCCUCUGGAUCCUGACGACAACAUUAUGAGUUGAAGAAAGAAAGGAGUACAGCUCUCAGGGAGGCAGGACCCUGGGCCAUUCACCCGGAGUCCCCCGGUCCACAUGCGGUGCGAUACCCGGGUACGGGCUCCAGCGAGGACAUGUGUGUCUUUGGCUGGCUCUUCCCUUCUGGGAGCUGUGGGCUUGGUCCUGGGACACCCCUUUGACACUGUAAAGGUGCGGCUGCAGACCCAGACCACAUACCGGGGCAUCGCCGACUGCAUGGUCAGGAUUUACCGCCACGAGUCUCUCCUGGGCUUCUUCAAGGGAAUGAGCUUCCCCGUUGCCAGCAUAGCCGUGGUCAACUCUGUCCUGUUUGGGGUUUAUAGCAACGCCCUGCUGCUGCUCACGGCCACCUCCCACCAGGAGCGGCGGGCCCAGCCGCCCAGCUAUAUGCACAUCUUCCUAGCGGGCUGCACCGGGGGGUUCCUGCAGGCCUACUUCCUGGCUCCUUUUGACCUCAUCAAAGUCCGGCUACAAAACCAGACAGAGCCAAGGGCCCAGCCGGGGAGCCCCCGACCCCAGUACCAGGGGCCGAUGCACUGUGCAGCCUCCAUCUUCCAGGAGGAGGGGCCCCGGGGGCUGUUCCGAGGAGCCUGGGCCCUGACACUGAGGGACACCCCCACGUUGGGGAUCUACUUCAUCACCUAUGAAGGGCUCUGCCACCAGUACACACCAGAAGGCCAGAAUCCCAGCUCAGCCACGGUGCUGGUGGCAGGGGGCUUUGCAGGCAUUGCCUCCUGGGUGACAGCCACGCCUUUAGAUGUGAUCAAGUCCCGAAUGCAGAUGGAUGGCCUGAGAGGCAAAGUAUACCGGGGGGUGCUGGACUGCAUGGUGAGCAGUGUCCGGCAGGAAGGAGUGGGGGUCUUCCUCCGGGGGCUCACCAUCAACAGUGCCCGUGCUUUUCCUGUCAAUGCUGUCACCUUUCUCAGCUACGAGUAUCUCCUCCGAUGGUGGGGAUGAGUCUUGCGGCAAUGCCCACAGCUCCCCAUCAGGCCCAUGUCCCGGAGGCCAGUUGGAGGUUGGAGGUCAGGUAGAAAGCCUGCAGCUUGCAAUUCAGUGCAAGAGGCUCAGCCCUUUCCUGAUCAAGGCGCCUCCCACCUGCCCAGAUCUGGGCUGGGCAGAUGCCCGUGGGAGCUGGAAGCCAGGGGGCCCGGGCAGCGCUCUGUGUAGCUGGCCUUGACUCCUUUGCCUCCCCUAUCUGUGAAGCAGGGAGCACGAGGCACAAGUGAGCUGGCAGUGGUGCUGGUGACAUCCCAGCCCUGUCCUGUGCCUUCACCCCUUAAGGAGCUCUGAGACUCUGCUUCUGAGAGGCCCUGCUGCCUCCCACCUCCCUGCCUUUCAAAGCUCUCUCCCCCUCGACCCAGAAUAACCCUAUGUCUCCCCCAAGAAUCCUUCAGUGACUCCCAUCACCUUCAGGAAAAGCCCAAGCCCCUUCCUCCUUCCCAGUUCCUCCCUCCCCACGAGGCUGGGGUUGCUUCCUAGACCCUGAACAAGCCGUGCUCUCAUUGCCUGGGCCUGGCCAGCAGUGCACAGCGGCCAGCAGGGUGACUCCAUCAUCCCCCGGGCUGGCCCUGCUCUCCUACGAGACCCAGGCUGAGCUCGGCCUCCUGAUUGACUAUUCCUUGACUCGCUUCCUGACCUGAGGCUGACUUUGGGGUUCUAGACACCCCACCCCACACGUGCCGUGAUCACAGCACUUGCCUGCACUUCUUCAGAGUCAUUGAUUUGCAUCUCGGCUUCCCCACUGGACUGUGAGCUCCAUGAGGUCAGGGAUUGUGCUUUGGAUGGUUUCUAGCCGGAGCCCAGUGCUUGAACAUACGUGUGCAAUAAAUACUGGUUAAGUGA